AUGGAUAAUCUUGAAAUACCAUCAAAAUCUGGUUUGGUUUUAUUCGGACAAUUAUUUGGAAUGUGUGAUCAUAUUUCAUACACUCUUGGUAAACAUGGUUACGCCGUUUAUAAAUAUGUUCCCUACGGCAAAAUCGUUGACCUAAUACCAUAUUUAUUGCGUCGUGCUCAAGAAAAUUCGAGUGUCCUUGGUGGAAGUGUAUUGAACGAGCGACAAAUUUUAUGGAAGGAACUUACUAGUCGAUUACUUCACCCUAAACUUGCUUAA